AUGCCACUGUCUUCAUCAGGCGCUAACUCUUACCAGCAGGGCUGCAUCCGGGUGACCCUUGAGGACUCAGAGCUAUGGAAGUCUUUUCACACCAUUGGAACAGAGAUGAUAAUAACCAAACAUGGAAGGAGAAUGUUUCCACAGUGCAGCAUAAGCCUAUCUGGGCUUCAGCCUUUAGCAAAUUAUGUCGUCAUGGUGGAUAUCGUCCCUGCAGACAAUGUCAAAUACAAGUGGAAGAAGGAGCAGUGGGAGGUCGCAGGGAAGUCUGAGCCCCAGCCCCCAUGUCGGACAUACAUUCACCCGGACUCCCCCGCUGUAGGAAGUCACUGGAUGAAGCAGUCGUUGUCCUUCCUCAAGAUGAAGCUCACCAACAACACCUUGGAUCAGCAUGGCCAUAUUAUCCUUCACUCCAUGCAUCGUUACUACCCACGGUUUCAUGUGAUACAGGCGGACAGUCCACACACUGUGUGUUGGGGAUCGUUUCAGACCUUCUCGUUCCCAGAGACGGUUUUCACUGCUGUUACCGCUUACCAAAAUCCAAAGAUUACCAGGCUGAAGAUUGACCACAAUCCAUUUGCAAAAGGAUUUAGGGAAGGAGGCACUCAUUCUCACAGAAAAAGAUGCCAUUCAAAUAAAGGUUCUCCUGCAAAAAAGUACACAGAAGACAGGAAAAGUCCUUCUCACAGUGCAGCAGGCCUGCAGAGGAUGCCCUCUACCUCUCAGUCAGCACAGGUCAGAAAGAAGCCAGCCUCUACACAGCAGUCACUGAAGGCGGGUCACCUUUCCCCCUGGGCUCCAGAGCAGGGCUCAUCAGAGAGCAUCCACACUGAGCGCCUGGAGCAGCAGGAGUACAACUACGGCUGUGAAGAACAGCUGGUUCCUGCAUCCACCGCCUACCAACCUUACAGAUCAGUGGAGUACCCCAGAUUCCCGUUACCUCCCAGGAACCGAGAUCCAAUAGAGACACUGCUCCACGCUCCACCUCACCUGCUCUCCACGUCGGAGAGCAGCACCCAGCAACAGGAAUACCGCUACAGCAACCAACAGGGCCCCCACAGCAACCCAGCAGACUGGAGCCAGUACCCGCUGUUCUCCUAUUCCUGCUGGUGAACUUGGACACCGUUCAGUUAUGGCCUUGCCAGAAGAGGGCCUUUAACUACAUUUGGAUACAGUUGAAUAAAUUUGACAAACUUUGAAAAGAAUUGGCCUUGUUUUUGUCUUUUGCAGUUAGGAAUGCUGACGACAUUCUCUCACUUUUCUUCCAUAUUGCAAAAUACUGCUUGCAAAAAGUGUUGGCUUUUUAACAGUUUGUGAGGCUGCAUUCCUGCUCAGCUUGAGUC